GCUAAACAUUAUAAUAGCUCACAUUUCUACAACAUUUAUAACAUACAUACAUAUAUAUACAUAUCAUCAUUUUCCUACCUAUUUUGUGUUUGUUAAGUUGAUUGAUACUACUAUGGAAGGAACAUCAAGAGGGAAGCAACAUGAGGGAGGAGAAGAUGUCCGUUACCGCGGUGUCCGAAGACGUCCAUGGGGGAAGUUUGCGGCCGAAAUACGAGACCCUACGAAGCAAGGGGCUCGUGUUUGGCUAGGGACGUUCGACACCGCGGAAGCAGCGGCCCGGGCAUAUGACCGGGCCGCAUUUAAUUUAAGGGGACAUCUUGCUACCUUAAAUUUUCCAAAUGAGUAUUACGCAAAAUUAGACCCUAUACAUCACCUUCCAUCUUCAUCAAGAUAUUAUAACCGCACGGUAGAUUAUUCUACAUCAUCAACACCAUCUAUGGCGACCGGGCCUAGGCAAGAUAGACAAGUCAUUGAAUUUGAGUAUUUAGAUGACAAAGUUUUGGAAGAUAUGCUUAGAAGAUCUGAAGAAGAAGAUGAUUAAGGACUUUUAUAGUUUGUUUUUUUGGUCAAGGACUUGUAUUUUUAGUUACUAUUAUAAGAACAACCUAGCUAGUAUAAGAAAAAUGCUAGUGUUUAUAUUUUCAUUAUGAUCAAUUAAUGUUUUUUUUUAGCAAAAGAAAAAAGAAUUAUAAAGAGUCCAUGUUAUACUACAUAUA